ACAAGAUGGUCGGAUCCCGGCCGCCUCCCGGCUCCUUUGUGGGGACCGGAGCCUGACCCCCCGCCCGCCUGCGGGCUCCUCGGGGGGCGAGGCCGGACCCCCCCUUCCCGGCUAGAAUCCGGCGUGACUCCGGAGCCGCACCCUGCAUUACCCCCUCCCCCCCGGAUCGAACCGGGAUCCUGGGGAUGGAGCAAGGCGGCGGCGGGGGGCUGCCCGGGCCAAGCCGGCGCCCCGGGGCCCGUCCCGACCUGGAUUUACCCCUCUGGAUCUAACCGGGGGGGAUCCGGAUUCCCACUGGGGAGCGAGCCGAUCCGGAUGGCAAUUGGAUCGAUCUGCUGGAGGAGGCGGCUGUGCUGAAGAGGGCAGAUUCGGAGUCACUCCGGAUUGAUCGGGGGCAGGGGAUCCGCUGGAGGAGAGACCUGGCCCCUUGGAUGUUGUCGAGGCCCCGAUCCGGGUAGCUUGGGGAUCCGCAGGGAGCCCUCGGCGCCGGGCUCUGGAGGCGCCGAAGCGGGGGGGGGGGCAGCGCUCCCGGCCCCCCACGCAGCCCCCCGAGCCCUGUCCGGCCGGCAUGGGGGGCGGCCCGGCGGAGGGACCCCCCGCUCCCCGCAGGGCCUGAGCGCCGGGGCGGGGGACGCGCCCCCACCGAGCGGGGAAGGAUUUGGGGGUCUCGCCUCACGUCGGGGAGCAGCGGAACGGAGAGGCCCCGGGGCCAUGGGCCAUCCCCGCUAGCCCCGGCGGCCGGCAAUGGCGAACGCCAGCGAGGCGGACGAGCCGGGCCCGCCGGGCCCCCCGGCGGCCUCCAACUACGCCAAGCUGCUGCUGCUGGGGUUGAUCAUCUGCGUGAGCUUGGCGGGGAACCUGGCCCUGGCGCUGCUGGUGCUGAAGGAGCGGGGGCUGCACCGGGCCCCCUACUACUUCCUGCUGGACCUGUGCCUGGCUGACGCCGUGCGGGCGGCCGUCUGCUUCCCCUUCGUCCUGGUCUCCAUCCGCCACGGCUCGGCCUGGACCCACAGCCCGCUCAGCUGCAAGGUGGUGGCCUUCCUGGCCGUCCUCUUCUGCUUCCACGCCGCCUUCCUCCUCUUCUGCAUCAGCGUCACCCGGUACAUGGCCGUGGCCCACCACCGCUUCUACGCCAAGCGCAUGACCCUGUGGACGUGCGUGGCCGUCAUCUGCAUGGUGUGGACCCUCUCGGUGGCCAUGGCCUUCCCGCCCGUCUUCGACGUGGGCACCUACAAGUUCAUCCGGGAGGAGGACCAGUGCAUCUUCGAGCACCGCUACUUCAAGGCCAACGACACGCUGGGCUUCAUGCUCAUGUUGGCUGUGCUGGUGGGGGCCACCCACGCCGUCUACGGCAAGCUGCUCUGCUUCGAGUACCGCCACCGCAAGAUGAAGCCGGUGCAGAUGGUGCCGGCCAUCAGCCAGAACUGGACGUUCCACGGGCCGGGGGCCACCGGCCAGGCGGCCGCCAACUGGAUCGCUGGCUUCGGCCGGGGCCCCAUGCCGCCCACGCUGCUGGGCGUCCGGCAGAACGGCCACGCCGCCAACCGCCGCCUGCUGGGCAUGGAGGAGUUCAAGGCCGAGAAGCGGCUGGGGAAGAUGUUCUACGUCAUCACCGUCCUCUUCCUCCUGCUCUGGUCGCCCUACAUCGUGGCCUGCUACUGGCGGGUCUUCGUCAAGGCCUGCAGCAUCCCCCACCGCUACCUGGCCACCGCCGUCUGGAUGAGCUUCGCCCAGGCCGCCGUCAACCCCAUCGUCUGCUUCCUGCUUAAUAAGGAGCUCAAGAAGGGGCUGGCGGCCCACGUGCCCUGCCGCAGGACAGAGCCCCCCCUGCCCCGGGAGCCGUACUGCGUCAUGUGAGGGGGGGGCGCUGCAUACGUCACGCCGGGGGUGUCCCCGAAGGGUCAGGGCCGGGGGAGAGGGUGCGAGGAGCUGGGUGUGGCAGGGCAGGCCGGGAGUCUGGACAUCCGGAGUCAAUCCAGAGUCACCUCCUGACUGCAGUGGGGUCGGGGCCGGAUUCUGAUCUCAGUCAAUCCAGAGUCACCCCCUGACUGCAGUGGGGUCGAGGCUGGAUUCUGAUCUCAGUUAAUCCAGAGUCAAUCCAGAGUCACCCCUGACUGCAGUGGGGUCGGGGCCGGAUUCUGAUCUCAGUUAAUCCGGAGUCAAUCCAGAGUCACCCCCUGACUGCAGUGGGGUCAGGGCUGGAUUCUGAUCUCAGUUAAUCCAGAGUCACCCCCUGACUGCAGUGGGGUCGGGGCCGGAUUCUGAUCUCAGUCAAUCCAGAGUCACCCCCUGACUGCAGUGGGGUCGGGGCUGGAUUCUGAUCUCAGUUAAUCCAGAGUCAAUCCAGAGUCACCCCUGACUGCAGUGGGGUCGGGGCCGGAUUCUGAUCUCAGUUAAUCCAGAGUCAAUCCAGAUCACCCCCUGACUUCAGCGGACUUACUCCAGAUGCGGUGGGUUAUUCUGGAUUCACACCCAGGUACCUAAAAUGGGGAAUUUGCUGUGUCUCGUUUGGGGAUGAGUGAAUGGGGCGGGGCUGGAGGGAGAACCCGGGGAAGGGGGAUGGAGAAGGGAGGAUGGGUAGAGCGGGAGAGGGAGUCCAGCCCACCAACGCCCACCCCCUGCCUCGGCUGGGUGAUUUAGCAACCUGUCAGUCAGUAACCAGGGACUUGCCCCCCUGUUUCCAUGGCAACAGCCAAUGGGAGCCCAACAGACCAUGUCAUCCUGGAACAAUGCAACGAGGAAACUGGGGGGCGGGGUACGAUCCAUCCUCACCCUGAAAUCCCUGGCGGCUCCGGCGGGAGGGAAACGGGGCGGCUGCGAUGGCCGCGUGUUCUGGGGAAAGGGGCCAGUGGCUGCAGACAGCGGCAGGACCACAGGCGACAGUGCCAGGGUGACAGGCAGUGAUAUUAACACACACACCGCUAGAGUACCCUGCGCCGACGCUCGGGCACCGUGCACGGGAACAGGCAGCGGUGCUGGAGUAACAGGCGGAGUAACACACACACCGCUAGAGUACCCUGCGCCGACGCUCGGGCACCGUGCACGGGAACAGGCAGCGGUGCUGGAG